CCGUAUAAUAUAUUAUAUAAAAGUAUUAUAUUUAUUUUAUAAUGAUAACUAAUUAUUAUUUAUUUAUUUAAAACUUAAUAAUGUAGUUUUUGCCAAAUUGGAUUCAUACACUCAACUAUAAAGUUACUUAUUUAGUUUAUUGAUUUUUUUAAUUUUACUUAAACAAGUAAUCAAUAAUGGACUUGGUGUUCUUAUGAUGUAUAGUUAUUAGUUGUAAAUGGCGUUUGCAAAAGUGGGUUGAUGUAAACAACACAGUUUUAAUAAACAAUGUUUUUGUAUUGACUGAUUUUAAAACAAUUUUCUACUCAAGUGAAUAAUAUGGAAGUUGUAAAUAUUACUGCUAUUGCUGAUAAUUCAGCUGAAAAUAUUACUAUGACUCGCGAAGAAAUAAUGAGAGAAAAUCAUAGGAAGUUACAUGAAGAACACAAAGGUCACGAAUCAAUGCAUGCUGAAAUGCUUUUAAUUCUUUUGGUUACCAUGAUUAUUGCUCAAAUAACAUUACUUGAAUGGAAAAGAAGACAUUUUAAAUCUUUCCAAAUUGUCACAUCCUUAGCAUUGUGGUCUGUACCGUUUGUUAUGUGUGUCAUAAUGGCUUUCUGGAGAUUUAUAAUAUUUUGGAUUUUAUUUUCAUUGUUGACUGGAAUAGUUGUACGCAAAGCUCUACAAAAGCCUUUACAAGGAUCAACGCCUAGAUUGGUGUACAAAUGGUUCUAUUUCAUCUACAAACUUACAUACGUGUUGGGUAUCAUUGGUUAUUCCAUUAUGAUUCUCUCAUUUUUUGGGAUCAGUGUUGUUUUCAACGUCAAUCCAGCUGUCUGGGUGGAUUGUGGAUUGCUUAUCAUGUACUAUGGAUUAUACUUUGGUGUCUUGGGGCAAGAUGUCGCUGAAAUUUGUGCAUCUACUAUGGCAUCCAAUUUAGGAUAUUAUACACCACAAGGAAUACCUACCAGGAGUUUGGAAAAAAAUAUUUGUGCUGUUUGUGGUAAUAAACUAUUAUUGAACGCAGGUGAAGAAGGAAUAAUUGAGUCUACUUUCCAAUUGACCUGUGAUCAUAUAUUUCACGAGUUCUGCAUAAGAGGUUGGUGUAUUGUUGGAAAAAAGCAAACUUGUCCAUAUUGCAAGGAAAAAGUUGAUCUCAAACGCAUGUUCCGUAAUCCAUGGGAAAAACCCCAUGUUUUAUACGGCCAACUAUUGGAUUGGUUACGCUGGUUUGUGGCAUGGGGACCUAUAAUUAAUGGUCUUAUACAAAUAAUUAACCAUUUAUUAGGAUUGAAAUAAGUCAGUUUUAUCAAACUACUAAUUAACUUUUGUUUUUGUCUUUUUACCAAAUUGUUUACAGUAUACGUGUGAUUUUGCUUAUUAUAAUAAUUAGAAACCAUUUAGGAAUUAUUUAUUAAAUAAUUUUAAUAGUCAGGCGAUAAAUACAAUUAUAAUUUAGUUAAAUCUUUUUUCAUUGUUGACCUUUGUUAUACUAUAACAUUACCAUGCAUUUAUAGUUAAUUAAGUGUAAGUUGAAAAGGUAAAUAAUGAACAUAAAAUGUCCCGUAC